UAGGCACACAGAGAGAGUGAUAUAAUUCUCUUUUUCCUUUCUUGGUGUUUCAUAACCAACUUCCUUCCUUCCGAGUUUUUAGUAUAAAUUCAGUAAUCUUUUUAUAGGGUGGGUUGUUUCUUGCAAAUUAUUUUUUGCUAAAUGGGUUAUAUGCUAAUAAAGGUGGCAUCUUUAGUGAUUUAAAGACAAUUUAUAAUGGAUCUGGAAACUGGGUCUCACAAAAAUCAGUUAAAGAAACAGUCAUGGAAGGCAGUUUUGACGUUGGCAUACCAAAGUUUAGGGGUUGUAUAUGGGGAUUUAAGCACAUCACCAUUAUAUGUGUUUAAAAGUACUUUUGCAGAAGAUAUUAAACAUUCAGAGACUAAUGAAGAGAUAUUUGGGGCACUUUCUUUUAUAUUCUGGACAUUAACUUUAGUACCUUUGUUGAAAUAUGUGUUUAUUGUGUUGAAAGCUGAUGAUAAUGGGGAAGGAGGCACAUUUGCACUUUAUUCAUUGCUUUGCAGACAUGCUAGAGUCAGUUCAUUGCCUAAUUGUCAAUUAGUAGAUGAAGAAUUGUCCACUUAUAAAAAGGAAACACCAUCUCCCAUAGCUUUGACUUCUUUUGGGUCAAGACUUAAAUCUACUUUGGAGAAACAUAGAGUCUUGCAGAGGUUUUUGCUUGUCUUGGCUCUUGUUGGUGCUUGUAUGGUCAUUGGUGAUGGUGUUCUUACUCCUGCCCUUUCAGUAUUUUCAGCGGUUUCUGGUGUAGAGCUUCAACUGGCCAAAGAGCACCACAAAUAUGUAGAAGUCCCAGUUGCGUGUGUCAUACUGAUAGCAUUGUUUGCCCUGCAACAUUUUGGCACCCACAGGGUCGGACACUUGUUUGCUCCUGUGGUUAUAUUGUGGCUCUUCUGCAUCAGCUCUAUCGGUUUAUACAAUAUUAUUCACUGGAACCCUCACAUCUACAAAGCACUAUCUCCCGUUUACAUGUACAAAUUUCUCAAGAAAACUCAAACUGGAGGCUGGAAAUCUUUAGGUGGUAUCUUAUUGUGCAUCACAGGCUCGGAAGCCAUGUUUGCUGAUCUCGGACACUUUUCACAGUUGUCUAUCCAGAUAGCGUUUACAUCAUUCGUAUAUCCAUCGUUGAUACUUGCAUAUAUGGGGCAAGCUGCUUAUCUAUCUCAGCAUCAUGUAAUCGAAAACGACUACCAGAUUGGAUUCUACAUUUCUGUACCGAAGAGUUUGAGGGUGCCUGUGCUGCUGAUAGCCAUCCUUGCUGCAGUUGUUGGAAGCCAAGCAAUCAUCACUGGGACAUUCUCAAUUAUAAAACAAUGCUCGUCUCUUGGAUGUUUCCCGAGAGUCAAAAUUGUCCAUACGUCAUCAAAAUAUCACGGGCAAAUUUAUAUUCCAGAGAUCAACUGGAUCCUGAUGCUGUUAUGUCUAGCUGUUACCAUUGGGUUUAGAGAUACCAAACGUAUGGGUAAUGCUUCAGGUUUGGCUGUUAUUACGGUUAUGUUGGUUACAACUUGCUUGAUGUCUCUCGUGAUCGUAUUAUGCUGGCACAAAAGUGUCUUUCUUGCAAUCGCUUUUGUGGUGUUUUUUGGGACAAUUGAAGCAUUGUAUUUCUCGGCUUCUCUUAUCAAGUUUCUUGAAGGAGCAUGGGUUCCUAUAGCCCUUUCACUCAUCUUCAUGCUCGUGAUGUACAUAUGGCACUAUGGUACACGAAAAAAGUAUGAAUUUGAUGACCAAAACAAAGUGUCGGUUGAUUGGCUACUGAGCCUAGGCCCGACUCUUGGCAUAGUCCGGGUUCGAGGAAUUGGGCUUGUUCAUACCGAGCUUGUAUCCGGUAUCCCUGCAAUCUUUUCGCAUUUCGUGACUAACCUUCCGGCUUUUCACCAAGUGCUCAUUUUUCUUUGCGUGAAAUCAGUCCCAAUCCCUCAUGUGAGCCAUGAAGAACGGUUCCUCGUGGGCCACAUAGGCCCGCGUGAGUACCGGGUAUAUCGGUGUAUAGUCAGGUAUGGUUAUCGUGAUAUCCACAAGGAUGAUGUGGAAUUUGAGAAGGAUUUGGUUUGCAGUAUAGCCGAGUUUAUCAGGACACAAAAUGACACUUCUACCCAUAAUGGGAAUUCUGUGAAUAGUAAACCGAGCAGCGAUGAUGAGGUAAUGACUGUUGUUGGGACACCUUCCACGCAUCCGGAAGGUAUUCAAAUGUGCACGGACCGGCAAGAUGGAUCUGAGGGGCCCGAGGUUCAAGAAAUACGGACCACAUCCACAAAUCAAGUGAAGAAACGGGUGAGAUUUGUGGUACCUGAGAGCCCGAAGAUCGAUGAUGGUUCACGAGCUGAGUUACGGGAUCUAAUGGAGGCUAGGGAGGCAGGGGUGGCUUACAUACUUGGACAUUCGUAUGUUAAAGCAAAACAAGGGUCGGGUCUGAUCAAAAAAAUUGCGAUAAAUUUAGGCUAUGAGUUCCUGAGAAGAAAUAGCAGGCCGUCAACAGACUCAUUAACUGUACCUCAUGCAUCGACCCUCGAGGUGGGAAUGGUGUAUCACGUGUGACUAUGUAACCAGUUGUUUUGUAAAUGUUUCUAUUUUGCAUAUUUUUGUAGUUAAUACAUGAAAGAUCUGCACCCACUGUCUGAUGGUGGUGGUGGAUUGAAUCAUAUCCGGUGAUCCAUCUGUUCUUGUGGUGGUCGCAUUUUUGCAACUUCGGAAGAAGAUAGUAGCAGAUACACCAAGUAGGUAUAGCAUGUAUGUGGUUCACUUUUCUAAAUACAUAUAUAGGAAUAAUAGGAUCAUGAUGAGAAUGAUGUAUAUCUUUGUUUUGAUGUUAGUUUCUCUAUAAGGAAAUGUUCAAAUGAUGAUUUCUUGAAA